GAGAUAGGCAGCCCAAGUUAGCUCACUCAGCGCUUUGAUUGGCUGAUUUAAUGGGGGUGGGGAGCGCAGCCCUCUUUCCUCUCUUCCACCAAGGUUCCUUCAUUGGAUUGACCAGCUGUCAGGUUGAACGCAAACCUGCCUCCUUUUGGUGGUGUUUGUCUGGAUCGCAACAGAAUAGCUGGGGGAGAGCCUCCCCCUAUGAGCUCCGAUUGGCGGGACUCAACCUUGGUGAUUUCUGAUUGGCCCAAUGAAGAAAUACCAAGGUAGGUUGCCUAGUGAUCCUGAGGAAGCUGAUGUGUUAUUCCUUCUCUGCAUCGAAGGAUCAGGAAGUUUGUGCUCUCUGCGUGGCUAAGUUUUUCACCUACUAGGACGGGGGUGGGGUGGGGGGAACAGGUGUCCUUCUAAAAUACAGCACAAGCUACAGCCUGCGUCCAGCCAUAACCCAGGAGUAACAUCAGAAACAGGUGAGAAUGACCACUUUAACUCACCGGGCCCGUCGCACUGAAGUAAGCAAGAACUCUGAAAAGAAGAUGGAAAGUGAGGAAGACAGUAAUUGGGAGAAAAGUCCAGACAAUGAAGAUUCUGCAGACUCUAAGGAUAUCCGCCUUACUCUUAUGGAAGAAGUAUUGCUUCUGGGAUUAAAAGAUAAAGAGGGGUACACAUCUUUCUGGAAUGACUGCAUAUCAUCAGGCCUGCGAGGGGGCAUCCUGAUAGAGCUGGCCAUGCGGGGUCGAAUCUGUCUGGAACCCCUGACCAUGCGUAAGAAGCGACUACUAGACAGAAAGGUACUGCUAAAGUCAGACAGCCCAACAGGUGAUGUUUUACUGGAUGAAACUCUGAAACACAUCAAAGCAACUGAACCCACAGAAACUGUCCAAACAUGGAUAGAGCUACUCACUGGCGAGACCUGGAACCCCUUCAAAUUACAGUACCAGCUGAGAAAUGUACGAGAGCGCAUCGCAAAGAACCUAGUAGAGAAGGGUAUUCUAACCACUGAGAAGCAGAAUUUCCUGCUAUUUGACAUGACUACUCAUCCAGUGACCAAUACAACAGAGAAACAGCGACUAGUGAAAAAACUUCAAGAUAGUGUACUAGAGCGGUGGGUAAAUGACCCUCAGCGUAUGGACAAGCGAACACUAGCACUCCUGGUGCUAGCCCACUCCUCUGAUGUGCUAGAGAAUGUCUUCUCCUCUCUGACAGAUGACAAGUAUGAUGUGGCAAUGAAUCGAGCCAAGGACUUAGUAGAACUGGACCCUGAAGUGGAAGGGACAAAGCCUAGUGCCACAGAAAUGAUCUGGGCUGUGCUGGCAGCCUUCAAUAAAUCUUAAAGCCAGCAGGUGGAUUUUUCCUUUUCCCCUGAUGGCUGGUGACUGUCAGAGACCCCAUCACUGAGUUUUGUGUGAUGAGAUGUUUUCAUCAUUUUUGUUUCCUUUUCUUGAAUCAGACUUGUGAUUUGGGGAGAGCAACUUCAGGGCUUCUCCAUAGACCUUGACCAUUAUAAGCAGACUUUAUUUCUCCCUACACUUCCACUCCAUAGGUGAAUAGACUGGGUGAACCCACACACACCCAAUGAACAUUUUCUCCCACUUCAUGGUUUAGUUUCACUCAGUGUGCUUUUGGAUAAGUAGAAAUAUCUAAAUGGGAUUUUGAGUUCUCCAGCUAUAGAAUGUGAAUGAGAUAAAAAGCGAACUAUUCUAUUUUUCUGAGUUUGUUUUCUAUCUUAAAUACAUGUUUUCACAGCCUUUGUCUCUCAGACUCUGCUAAAUAAUGUAGCUUAUUGAAAUAACUGUCGCUGACUAAGGAGCAAUGAGAAACAAAACUAAUUUUUGGAGCAGAUGGUCUCUGGAAUUGCAUAUCCUGCUAGUGAUUUUCUCAUCUUUCCUUUUCUAACCUAAUAAGAAUGUCCCAGAUUCAAUUACCUGGAUCUCAAAGUCCUAGAGCCAGAAAUACAUUCUCUCAUCCCUCUUAGCAUUCUCUUGCUCCCUCAUUCACUAGGGCAAAAGUCUAAAUGAAGAAAAGUCUCUCUCAACACCUCGUUCAUGCAAUCAGCAUUAGAAUUUGUAAGGAAGGAAGGGAGGUGGCAUGAAAAUUUCCAUUCUUGGGGUAUAUGACUGUCCUGUUUCCCCCAGGCCACUUUUUUUUCUUUUUUUCUUUUGAGACAGGGUCUUGCUCUUGCCCAGGCAGGAGUACAGUGGUGCAAUCACAGCUGACUGCAGCCUUGACCUCCAGGGCUCAAGGAUCCUCCUGCCUCAGUCUCCCAACUAAGUGGGACUACAGGCAUGUGCCGCCAUACUCAGCUUUUUUUUUUUUUUUUUUUUUUUUAAAAAGAGAGACAGAGUCUCGCUUUGUUGCCCAGGCUGGUCUUGAAUUCCUGGGCUCAAGCAAUUCUUCCACCUCAGCCUCCCAAAGUGCUGAGAUUACUGGCGUGAGCCACUGCACCCACCCCUCCAGACUACUUUAAAUGUCUCUGCUCUGACUGAAUUGAAGGAAUUGUAAGUUUCAGUUGCUGAAUAUAUCAGUAUAUCUGAACUCCAGAUCUUUUUAUUUCCUAUUUUUGGCUUCCUACAUAAAUUAAUAAAGUCUGUCUAUAUUUAAGGGUUCUGGGAGUAGUUUUGUCUAUAUUUAAUCCAUAGAUGUGCUCCUAGUCAUCAGUCUUAUUUCAGUAAAACCAUCUUUCUGGCCAAAUCUCUAACAUGUUUUUUACUUCAGUAGUGAGGGCAAUGAGAAGCUUUAUUAAGAAAGAUCCUAUUUAAAGGGCUAAUUUGGUAUUGAAAGCAUGCUGAUAUAAAGUCCAGUAUUUGAGGAUAUAAAGAGGACGUGCACUGAACUGUGCUGAUGUUAAGCAUUUAUUAUACUUUAAUGGGAUAGUGCUUCUUGACCAUUAUAGAACAACAAACUGUCAAAGGGCUAAUACAGAUGACCCAGACUUGACAUUAAAUCCUCUUGAUUAGAAAUAAUUAAAUGAAUUAUUUAUUCAUUUCUCUCCUCUACCAAAUCUACUUAGCCCCACAAAAAUUCCCCAGCUCAGUUAACAUUUUUUUGUUUUUCACUUUAGUAUCUCUUAGGCAAAUAGAGAUAUAAAUUGUAAUAGGAAACAAACUCUAAAUGUGAAGCUGAAUACAGCUUCAGUCUGGCUCUCUAAUAGGACAAAAGCCAGUCCAUGUGUUGUCUCUACCUGAUUUAGCUUUUUCUUUUCUUUGAACAAUUCAGCAUGAAUUGAAACCAGGUUUUCCUGUGGAAAGUUAUAGCUUGAUUGGGGGGUAGAAGUUGAACUGAGUUCUUUCUUGCAACUCUUAGUGUUUAUUUUUAUAUCUCAAUAAGAUGAGGAUCUCUUCAGUUUGAAUCUGCAUAAUGUUCACUGCCAAACUCCUUCUCAUUUAAUGCUUAUGGCCUUCACAUUUCUGUAUAAUAAAGAUCAAUUAUCAGC